UUCUCUCCCCUUCCCUUGUCUUCUUUCAAAGUAAACCGGGCUAAUAAGAUUCCAGUGGAGGUGGAGCUGUAGUGGCGCGCAGGAGUGCACUGAGCAGCCAAGUAAAGCUGUUACACACACAUCACACACACCAGGAACAUGGGCUGCCUCCCUGCUCCACUGCCAGCAAGGUAGGUGAGCUGCAGUAGGAUGUGGGAGCAGCUAUGGGGGCUACCUGGGCACCCCCUUAAUAUGGGCAGCCUGGAGCCAGCCACUCUGUGUCUGUAAGAGAAACUGGAAGGUACCGGGAUUCCCAAAUCCUCCUCCUUCUUCCUGUUCAAGUUGCACUGGCUGUAACCCCGGCUCCCUGUAGCAGGUAGAUUGGCGGAGACAGGUGAGCAGACAUGGAGCAGAGCAAGGACAAGGCUAAAGGAAAGGGGCAGGGGUCCCGCAAGCUUUUCCGGAGUCGGUCGCUGAAAUCUGUUGGGGAUUUUGUGCACAGGAUUCUCAAAACCAUAAGCCAUCUGUCCCACAUGGGAGAGGCGAGAAACGAGGAUGGUGAAGACGAUGAUGGGGGGUUUAACCAAAAGGGAAUGGCUCAAGAAGAUUCCCGUGUGGUGCACGGUGGCGACAGCAAUAACAAUCUAGGGAAAGCACAGGUGCCUGUUCUGGGCCAGGACCGAAUCUCCUGGAGUUCUGAUGAUAAGGUGCCCGGGGUGCAGGGCAUGAAGAAUCAUGGUAACACCUGUUUCAUGAACGCCGUGGUACAGUGCCUGAGUAACACCGACAUGUUGGCCGAGUUCCUGGGCAUGGAGAGGUACAAAGCCCAACUCAACAAGGCUAAAAUAAAUGGGGUGGUGGUGAGGGAAGCAACGGCGGAACCCCCCGGAGCAGCUGGCGAAGUCACAGAGAGGCUGGCUUCACUGGUUAGGGGUCUCUGGACAUUGGAGUACACCCCCCAGCUCUCUGCAGAGUUCAAGAAUGUUGUUUCCAAAUAUGGUUCCCAGUUCCGUGGAAACUCCCAGCACGAUGCCUUGGAAUUCCUGCUCUGGCUACUGGACCGAGUCCAUGAAGAUCUCAACCCCACGUCUAGCCAGAAAGCCAAGCCAUCAGCCAAGGCUGGUGCCGAGCAGAACCAGAUGGUCCAUCCCCAGUCUCCAGAGUUGACAGGAGGAAGCCAGAGCUUUGUUCAGGAGCAUUUCCAGGCUCAGUACAGGUCAUCCCUCACAUGUCCCCACUGCCACAGACAGAGCGACACAUUUGACCCUUUCCUAUGUGUCUCCUUGCCCCUCCCACUGCGCCAAACCAGGGCCCUGAACCUUACAUUAGUCUUCCAAACCAAGCAGCAGCGGUUUCUACGUGUCGGGCUGGCGGUGCCUCUGCUUGGUACUGUGGCUUCCUUGCGGAAGAUGGUUGCAGAUGAAGGAAAUAUGGCACCAGAUCAGGUGAUCCUGGUGGAGUUGUACCCCAGUGGCUUCCAGCGAUCUUUCUCCGAUGAUGAGGAUCUGAACACCAUCGCAGAGGGAGACCCAGUCUAUGCUUUUCAAGCCCCUGUGGCCAUACCCAAAGCAAGUGGCUCCUCUCGUUCAUCAGUAAAUGAGGGUUUAUUUUCUCCUUUAGGACAUCCACGCAGCUUGCCUUCCUCCCCCCGCUACCCUGACCCCGAAGCCCAGAAGUUCACUGGAGCUGGCUCCAAAUCUUCUGACUUCCUGGCUGAUCCCGACAAGAUCUUGCUCCUCCUGUGUAACACUGAGGGAUCUGGAAAGCAGGCCAACAGAUUUGGGCCCCCUCUGCUGGUUAGAGAAGAUAGCACAAUGUCCUGGGAUCAGCUGCAACAAUGUAUCCUUGGAAAGCUCCGCUACCUUUUAAAGAACGAGUCACACCUCCAGCAGAAUGGAACAGCACUCCUCCAUGUCCGGGUUGUCGGGGGUCCUGCAAGUGGAAGUUACCUCAAUCCUAAAGACCCCCAACCUCUCCAACACCCUGCAAUUGACCGAGCUUUGAAGCUUAGCGGAGCAGGAGGGCCGCCCCAUGUCAAACUGGCAAUAGAAUGGGAUCCAAAGACCAAAGAACGGCUGUUUGGGAACAUUCAGGAGGAGGUGGUGCAGGAUGAUGAGUCAGUGAGGAUACAGCAGUUGGAGCACCAGCAGCAAAACUGCACCCUGGAUGAGUGUUUUCAGCUCUACACUAAGGAGGAACAGUUGGCUCCUGAUGAUGCCUGGAGAUGCCCUUACUGCAAGGUCCUGCAGCAGGGCACAGUGAAACUGAGCCUUUGGACUCUACCAGAUAUUCUCAUCAUCCACCUCAAGAGGUUCCGGCAGGUGGGCGGGCGCAGGAACAAGCUGUCAACUUUGGUCAGGUUCCCCCUCACUGGGCUGGACAUGGCUCCACACGUGGUUAAGAGGAGCCAGGGUAGCAAGGGGAUGCUGGGGCAGUGGUCAUCAUGGAAACAAACUCAUGCCUCUAUGGAGAAUGGACAGCUGGAUGUCCAUUAUGACUUGUAUGGUGUGUGCAAUCAUCAUGGCAGCCUGCAGGGAGGUCACUACACAGCAUACUGUAGGAACUCCCUGGAUGCGCGCUGGUACAGCUACGAUGACAGCAAUGUUGAACAUGUCCAGGAGAACGACGUCUGUACACGAGGUGCCUACCUCCUGUUCUAUCAGAAGAGGACCACUAUCCCAAUGUGGUCAGCUAGCAGCUCUGUCAGAGGUUCUACAAGCUCCUCUGUGUCAGAUCAUUGGAUCUUAAGAUUGAAUGGUAGCAGGAGAGAGAGUCUUGCCUCACGCGCCACCACUAACAACUGCCCCAACCGUAUUCAGCCUCCAGACUCCCCAGUCUUCCUUGAGAAAGAAGUGCACCCUGAAAAAGGAGCUAGUGGAUCUAAAUCAUUUGUACGAGGUGUAAAAGGAAGGAGUGCUAGUAUGAAGCUGCCUUCUGCCUCCAAACUCAAGUUGAGUAUCAGCAAGGCAAUGCCUUUACGGUGGUCCUUUGGAUCCAAAGAUAGAGCAAAGCGUGAGACUGGCGAGCUUGUAGAGUAUUUGGAAUCUGGACGGAGACCCAAAUAUACCAAUGAGUCUAUUGUGCCAUUGAUGGCUGGUCUUACAAAAACUGAAAAGGGGGUUGAAGGACAACAACCAAAGGCAAACCUUUCAAAAACACAAGUGGUCAAUGGGGCAGCAGCUUCCAGUCCUUCAGCAGGACACUCCAAGCCAACACCAUCAUUUGCAAGGUUGGAUUCACAGAUGGGGAAGCCAAAAGAGAAGGAUAAUCUCCAAGAAAGCACUUUGAAUGUUCAAAUGGAAAAAGGGGUAGGGUCAGCUAUGUUGAAACGCAGAGAGACAAGGUCAGCUGGGGACUGUGCAUCGGGGAUGAGUUCACCAGAUCCAGAAUAUGGUUUGAAAGGCACAGUAUUAUUAGCCAAGAAGGGAGAGAGCAAACAAAGGAACCUUAUUAAAAAUGGCAACAAUAUUAGAGCCAAACCUUCUGAAGCUGAAGGACAGCAGGAUGGCAAAUCAACAAAUCUAAAAUCCAGCCUGGUUAAGAAGGAGAUCAGGAGACAAAGUGGCACAGAAAACUCAAGUGGGAUGGACCUUUCUAAUGGAAUGCCUAGGACUUCUAUAGACAAUGCCAUUCUGGGUGAUGGGAGGACUAGUAGUACAAUGACACGUCAGCACAGAGAGGACCUCACUAAAAUCAAACUCCAGCAGGACAUGAGGCGAGCCCAUAGCUCAUCUAAUGUCCAAAACAAGGCAGACUUUAAUCUUAAGAGGUCAGUUUCUUUGUACAGGAACGGCAGUGCCUCCCAGCAGCCUUCAAGGCAAGUGGCUGCUGAGAAAUACUCAACAGGGUCACUGCAAAGACUAAAAUACAACACAUCAUCCACAGGCAGGAAGAAAUCUGUUCCUGAAUCUAGCUUCUAAGGAUGUAGAGAUUCUCCCCUGUCCUGGUAAAUUUUGUCUGCUGAUCUGAUGUUGCUACUUGGUCCCCUCUUAAAACCAGGAAUGUGCAACAGGUUUUAUUAAUAAUUCUUUGGGGCAAGAAAGGGACACAUAGAAGUUACAUUAACAUUUGUUAUAUUUAUAUCUCUAGAAUAUUGUGUACCUUGCAUUGCUGUUAUAUCUGGGUGCUCUUCAUCCCACAACUAUAGUGAUACCAUAAUACAGUCCCAAACACAGAGGCAGGUGUUCUAUCAGCAAAUCAGAAGAAAUGUGUGUGCUUUAUUCUAUGUAUCUCUGCAUCAGUUCUUUAUAAAUACAGAGGAAAGGGACUGUCCCCAGACAAACUCAUAGAUACAAAAGAAACAAGGACUGGACUGUUAGCAAUGGAUAUUUGCAGGGGUGGACAUAUGCGCCUGCACAGGGUCCCCCACUCAAUCAGACAAUCCAUUCAAUUUUGGGGCCCUUGCACUAUUUCUGCACGGGGGCCCUAUGCUCACUGUGUCCACACCUGAGCUAUUUUCUCCAACAUUGCACUUCUGUCCUGGGUCUACGUAAAUGACCCCUAAGGUAUCUUGAUGAUUUAUGACUCCUAGGGAUUAUCGGUGCUUCACACUCGUGGGUUUCCCAAGAGAAAAGUAUAAACUUGAUAAAAGCAGAUAUUUAUAGACAUUUAUAGAUGUUGCACCAAAGAGACAGUAUGAAAAUAGCAUUAAGCCUUAUACCUACUGAUUCACUAUCUGUCCAUUGUACAAUCAUUACUCUGACCUCCCCCUUUCCCAUUUACCUAAAUGAUCCUGUAUCUGAAUUGUUUUCUUAUUAACGUGUUUGUAAAUAAAUCCCGGCAAAAGAAGGAUAAAAACAAACAAACAAACAAAAAUGAACUCUGGAACUGAAGGAUUGUGGGUGUACAUGUGAACAUACUCACUGCAGCUAUAUGACUGCAGCACUUUUUUUAGUGCCCUAAUGAGAAGCUCAAAUCGUUUGCUGUUUCAUAGAGAAAAUAUUUAUUAUUAUUAUUAUAAUAUAUAUAUAUAUAUAUAUAAAAGGAAAAAAUAUUUUCUAUAAAAUAUUCGUACAGGCGCCUGAAAGGGGCCUCUAUUUUGAUAAGAAAAAUGUGAGUUCUGUUUCUCAGAUGAAGUUCUAUGCAAUAAUACAUUUUAUUGAUUCUCAUUGAUUCUUUCCUAAUAACAUGAAGUUAAAGUGUUUUUUUUGUUUUUUAAAUAAAGCGUUUUUGUAUUUC